GUGGAUACAAUGGUGCUAUACUCAAUAGUGCUGAAUUAUACAAUCCGACAACGGGCACUUGGACAACUACAGGAAGCAUGAAUGUCGCACGAUAUCAUCACACAGCAUCCACAUUAACAAAUGGAUUAGUAUUAGUUGCUGGUGGACAGAACAGCGAUGGUGAUGUCAAUAGUGCUGAAUUAUACAAUCCAUCAACAGGUACUUGGACAACUACAGAAAGCAUGAGUAUUGCACGAAAAUAUCACACGGCAUCCACAUUAGCAAACGGAUCAGUAUUAGUUGCUGGUGGGUGGAACAGUGGUGGUUAUCUCAAUAGUGCUGAGCUUUAUCAAUCAACAUAG